UCCAUGUGAUUGGCUAUGACAUGUGACACCAGAAGCCCAGCAGACACUCCCACCCCCAGGUGCGGGAGCAGCAGAUCAGGCUUCAGCUUUCAGCUCUCACGGCUUCACACGCCGGCGCUGGCUUGGACGAAUCCAGAGCGUGUGAUGACAGAGCAGUGUGUGGAGCAGCAGACAUCGCAGGAGGACGUCCGGGGGAGCAACAGAGGAACCCUAAAGUCUGAGGAAAGAGACUACCAUUCCGACAUUGAAAAUACGACAGGACAUUGUCACAGAUGUGGGAGGAUGGUUGACGAGGCUCUGCAGGCUGACCAGGACCACCUGGAGCUUCCAGGCAGGAAGAAACCUGUGCUGGUCAGGUCAAAAACUUUGGAUAACUCGCUGCUGACGUCAGUCCAAACAGACGCAGACUCCAAGUUGGACAGAAAGAAGUCUCACUACAGCCAGCUUUCAAAGAGCAACAGCCACUACCAUAAAAUAUUUAAGGAGAUCAGCAAAGACGAGCAGCUCAGACAGAGUUACACCUGCGCCCUGCAGAAGGACAUCCUCUAUCAGGGGCGGAUGUUUGUCUCCGAUAACUGGAUUUGCUUUCACUCCAAAGUUUUUGGAAGAGACACCAAGAUUGCCAUUCCAGUGACUUCCAUCACGAACAUCAAGAAGACCAAAACUGCCAUCCUUCUGCCAAAUGCUUUGGUGGUUGCUACCGCACACGACAGGUACGUCUUUGUGUCCUUCCUGUCAAGAGACAACACCUACAAGUUUCUGAUCUCCGCCUGUCUUCACCUGGAGAAGAGUCCGUGCAGCAGCCCCAUCCCAUCCUCAGUUGAUCACAGCUUCACAAGCCAGAGGUCGCCGCUGUCGCCUCGUUUUCCUCUGAGUGACCGAGUUGGAGGAAGGAGGCAGAGGAGUCCGGAGUCCGAGGAGAGCAGCAGUUCCGACUCUCAGAAUCUAGAAUACGACAAGAUGGCAGAGUUCACUGUUCCUCCAUUUCUGAAUGUUCUGAGCCACGCUGAAAACACAUCAGCUGCAGAGCAGCACAAAGCCAAGAAGCAGCAUCUGAACCAGCAGAGCACAGAUGUCAAGCAGCACAGCCCCAAUGGCACCGGCUCAGAGGUCAGCAUUGACAACAGCCUCCUGAAACCAGUUUCUCUCAACAAUCUGCUGAUUAUCUACAUUUUCCUAGUCUGCAUCUUGGUCCUGUCCUCGUGUUACCUGACGUUCAGAAUCGUGUCGCUGGAGCAAAGGCUAUCGUCGCUCAGCUUAGUGCCCGACUUGAGGCUUCAUGAAAACAGCAUUCUCUCGAGGAGUGCUGAGGUAAACACUGAGCUCUUCUCUGAACUACUGACCGUCAACCUGCUGAAGCUGGAGAAGGUGCAGAAGAACCUCCAGAGGCUGCUGGAGGAAGCUGUCUGAAGCUCCUACAUAGAGAGGACUGAUCCUGUAAAUAUUGAAUUCACUUUUAGCCCUUGUUACAGACAGGGCUGGACUCUGGCGCAUAAGGGGAAGAUCACAUGGCUGCCUGGACUUCACUUUUAGACCUGCUUCGAACGCUGUGGAGCAGCGUUCCAAUGCAGCAUCCCAAUCCUUAAAUCUAUCCAUCCAUUCCUCCCGAAUGUCAAACAGGGAAGUCUGCGGUUUUACUGAUCAAUCUGUAGAUUCAAACCACAAACCCAGCAUGGACACCUCACCAACUCACCAGCACAGCCAGUAAAACCUUGCUGAUCAUCACAAUAAUCAUGAAUGUUUGUGGUCCAAAAUUGCUGCACAUGAAAUCUACUGAUGGCUCUCAGUCUCCUCAAGAUGUACAGAUGACACGCAUGGUUGGGGUCUAAUCUGGGCUACUUUUGGCACAUUUCUGGUUCAGUAACAGAGCUGUGAUAUGUGGACCACAUGAGCCGGAUGCCUCCUAGACGCCUUCCUGGAGAGGUGUUCUGGGUAUGUCCCACUGGGCGGAGGCCUUGGGAAAGACCAAGGACACGCUGAAGAGACUAGUAGGUGGAGGAAGUGGACAAGAAGAGGGAAGUCUGGGCAUCGUUGCUUAAACUGCUGCCCCCCCAUGACCUGGUCCUGGAUGAGCGGAAGAAGAGGAAGUUGAUGGAUAUGACUUGAUUUGACAUGAUUUGGCCAGGUGUUAGACAUGUUGCAUGGAAACCCCCCAAAAAAUACAUGGUCGGUGGAUACAUGGUGGAAUUUUGACAGCAGCCUCAAGGCUUUUACUCCGCCUUCUCCUCACAAGCCGAAACCUUGCUUCAUAGGUAAAUUGGUGACUCUGAAGUGUCCCUUAUGUGUGAAUGUGUAUGUGUGCAGUCCUGCACUGGACUGGUGCCUUGUCCAGGGUGUACGCCGCCUUUGCCCUACGGUGGCUGGGAUAGGCUCCAGCAACCAUGUGACUCGGAAAGGGAUUCAGUGGGUUGGAUGGAUGGAUGGAUGGAUGGAUGGAUGCAUGGAUGGAUGGAUGGAUGGAUGGAUGAUCUGUGAUAAAGUGAAUGAAUCUAUUGUCCAUCUCUUUUUAUUUCUUACUUUUUAGGUUUUCAAAUCUACAACUAUGUUAAAAUAAGGGAGAAGAAAAAUGUUGGUCUUUUGGUUCCCACGUGGCUACAUUCUAGAACUUUUCAUUUUGUGGUUCUGCUAAAACAUUUCUCCAACUCAAAAAGAAGCAGAGCUCUGAGUUUGGUCAGAAUGAUGUAAUAGGCUGAGAAAGUUUGGUGAUCUCCCUGUUUUCAGUUUAGCUGUAUUGGCUUUCUUUUCUUUAGUCAUGCUAUAUGAAGUUCUGUUUUGUUUUCCCCAUCACAGCACAUCUGGUUUUGUGUUUCAUCUCUAUGGACUUCAGUUGUCCUCUGCCUCAUCAUUUUCCUGCUUUUCGUUUAUCGUGCUUCAAGUUUUGCUUUAGUUAUGUUGACGUUUUCUUUUAAGUUACAAAUCUAAGUCUCCUCUGUCCUCAUUGAGGACUAAAUGUGAAAAAGAAAAAAAGCAAAUUCAAAGUGGAAGGUUAUCUUUAAAAAAAAAAAAAAAAACAAGAGUUAGUGAGAAAUUUAUUAAAUUAAUAGCUGGAUGAUGACUUUAAAAAUGAAUGAAUAAACUUUAAAAAUGAUAUGGACCAGACCGUGUUCUUUCUGUUUUUUCAGCAGAGUGUAAAGUAACAUAGGAAGUAAGAACAGAGAAACUGAAGAAUGGAAAGAUGUGAUGUUAAUUUGUAAAAUGAGCUUAUAUAAAUAAAGUUUUAUUUUUGCUGUAA